ACAGUACAGGAAGUGCAAGGCAGAGCUGGCUGUACUGGCGUUUAAAUCUUUUGGUGAAAAGGGCCUUUUUCUAAGCCUACAGCUUCAGGAAAUAACUCAUUUUCCAGGGAGUCUGAAACCUUUAACAUUAUUGAGAUUUCACUCUCUCCUACUUUCUCUUUAUGAUAUUUUACAUAGUUUACAGUGCAAAACUGAGUAAUAAAGGUUAUUUUAUUGAACAUGUGCCAUUACUCCUUAGCUUUAAAGGAGGAUGUUAGAAAAAUAUGUCACACAGAGGUGCUGUUAACAUAUCCCUUUUAUUUUAAUUAAAUAUAACAGAUACUUCAGGUGUUCUGAAAACAAGAACAUCGUAAACUGAUAGCUACGCAGGGAAGCUCUCUGAAUAUAGAAAUUACAAACGAGAUAAUUCAAGUAAUUUAAAGGCUGAUGUUUUAUAAAAUAGAUGCAGUCUAAAGCAGAUAGUUUUAUUUCAACCAGAAAUUACUGAGUUCAUGUAAUAUCUCCUACCUCCCUGAUUUCUUUAGAAAUCUCCAAGACCUAACAGGAAAUUGGAGCUGCAGGGAGCCAUCAGCUUUGAGACUCAUCUCAUCAAGUCUCCCAUUCUUAUGUCUGGAAUUGUUUUGAUAAGAAAAUGACAAAAUGCAGUUAUAAUAUGUACAGUUUGAUAUAUGGGGUGCUUUUGAGCUCAAAAGUUCUCACAGAUGCCUACAGGUCAUGCGAGCCUUCAGGAAAGCAUUUAAUCUGAAAUGAAGCAAAAGGUGCAAGAAUGGGAAGGGGUCUCUGAAGUCUCUAGGAAAAGUCAUCAAAAAUGGCACAGAAGGAAAUCAUCUAGACUAGCAGAUGAGAAUGGGGAAGCUUAUGGAAAUCAGUGAUCAGGAGUCCAAGGACAAUGUUUUGGUAAUCUCCAGGGAGAAAUGUACAAACAGCUGGGAGAGCAAGCAGGAGCUGCAUUGUGCAGUGGGAGUUCUUUGGAGCAGAAUUUUGGGGUGCUGGAGUGGAUCUCAGUAGCAACAUGAAUCUUUUCUGUUUCUCUCUGGAGGGUUCAAUGGACAGCUUGUAUGAGCCUGUCCCCGAACGUCAAGAACCCAAGGAUACAACCAGUACUUCCAGCCAGCCCAGCACUCCAGUGAGCACACGAGCAAACUGUGGACUGCCUGAUAGGUCUAUGUCUUUGGAAUUUCCUGAUUUUGAGAACACGGUGACGAAAAAAAGAAAAUCCAUCCAGAAGUCUCUGUCUGAAAAUGAAGCGUUUGACAGGAAAAAUGUGAAUGGCACACUUUGGCAGGGUUCCAGGAAGCCGGAGAAUGAUUCGUACAUCAGAAGGCCCUGUCAGCUUGAAGAAGAUAAUAUUGUUGGUGAUGGCAUACAUUUGCUGCAAGGAAAGAAGAUAGAAGAAACAACGUGCCAGGUGAUAAAUUAUGAGCAAUGGAUUCCACCACGGGUUUACAAUCCAAGAGUGUCAAGUAAUGGUGAAAUGGGUACAGAACCAGAUGAUAAAGCAGAGUCCAUGGGAACAUUAAAACGAUUGCAGAAAUUGGUCCGAACCAAAAAAGCCAAUACACAAAGCUUGGAGGAUGUCAAACAUGUUUUGAUCCCCCUUAAUACAUUAGAAGAUACUUAUCUUUCAGAAGAGGAUGAAGAGGCACUAACUUCUUGCAUGAAACUGGCAAAACCUCAGGAAAAGAAAGCCUGGAAAGACAAUGGGAGGAGAAAAGAAGAGACUGAGACUAGGGCAGAGUUUAUUUCUGCGUCUUUGGGCCGAUCGUAUACUUCCAAAUUUAGUAACUUAGGAACGAUUUCAAUCCAUUCAGAAACUGAAUUUCAUUUGUGGAGUGACUGGAAGCCAUUUCCUGAUAGCCAGCUCUGUCCUUGUGAUUUCUUGAUUUCAAAAAUAGAAGAAUGGGAAAACUGUACUUGCGCUUCUCAUCAGCCACAUCUUACAAAUUCCCUAACUGAUAUGGAUCUGCAGUACUCCUGGCGCACAAGUAGUUUUGGAAGCUUUGACCGUUUCAGACAUCACUCAGUAUCAAAGACAGAUGAUUCAGCUGAGGUUUCUGAGUUGGAGACUGUAAGUGACAUUGGAGAUGCAGCACAAACCAAAGCAGGAUAUAAUGGAAGAAGCUUGGGUAAGAAGAUGAGAGCCAUUUCCCUUACCAUGAAGAAAAAGAUGGGUAAAAAGUACAUCAAGGCACUCUCCGAGGAGAUGAAUGAAGAAGGAAAAGAUGACAGUGAUCCUGGUGGUGGAAUACACACUGAGAAGGUCUCCCUGAAAGCCAGUGACUCUAUGGAAAGUCUCUAUAGUCUAAACAGUGGCCAGAGCUCAUCUAGUGGGGUGACCAGCUGCUCUGAUGGAACAAGCAACAGGGAUAGCCUCCGGUUUGAUGAUGAAGUCCCUUACAGUGGGCCAUUCUGCGGCCGAGCCAAAGUGCACACCGACUUCACGCCAAGUCCUUAUGACACGGACUCUCUGAAAAUUAAGAAAGGAGACAUUAUAGAUAUCAUCUGUAAAACUCCCAUGGGCAUAUGGACAGGCAUGCUGAACAACAAAGUAGGAAACUUCAAGUUCAUUUAUGUGGAUAUUAUUUUGGAAGAGGAAGCUGCACCCAGAAAGAUAAAACCGCACAGAGGAAGCAAAAGGAACAAGCCUAAAACGCUGCAAGAACUCUUGGAACGUGUCCAUCUGCAGGAAUACACCUCAACCCUCUUGCUAAAUGGCUAUGAAACUCUAGAGGAUUUAAAAGAUCUACACGAAAGUCACCUGAUUGAAUUGAAUAUUUCAAACCCAGAGGACAGGGCAAGAUUGUUAUCAGCAAUUGAAAAUCUACAGGACAAUGACAAUGAACAAGAGCAGAUAAGUGAGGGUGGUCAGGAGACACAGAGCUUAAGCCCUCAGCACAGUUUUGACAAAUCACAGUUAAAUGACUGCCCAAGAGAUUCCGGCUGUUACAUCUCAUCAGAAAAUUCAGAUAAUGGUAAAGAAGAAGUAGACCCAGAAACCCUGUCUGACAUGGUGCAGUCAAUAACAAUCACUGAGUCAAACUGAUUCUGUUAAGCUGUUUCUGCAGAUGCUCAGAACAGACAAUCAGAUAAGUGAAGCAGAUUUGCUGGUACAAGAGCAGAACAGAAUAUUUCUCAACACUGGAAAUCUACUUCUGUCUGAUCUAUAAUGCUCUAGAUGCUUAAUAUGCGGACAUUUGAGAACUAAAUCUUAGCUGAUAAUAACAGUAUCUCGUGCUUUUCAAUGAAUCCACAGACAUUUCACUGAAGAAGUUCAUGCAUAUAUAUUUAUAUAUAUUUGUACAGCAAAUGCAUUUUGUACAAUGUUAGGGAAUUGUUUUGGGUAGUGAUAUGUUGUCUAAAUAUUAAGUUGUGGAACUCUCCAAAAUGUAAAUACUGUAUAUAUUUGUUUUUAAAAGAUUGAUUAAGCACACUGUGUCUUUUUUUCAGAUGGGUUUUGCUGAGAUGUGUACAGAAAAUAUUUGCAUUGAUGUAUCAUCAUAAUAAAAAAAGUAGAUACAUUCGCAUCCUACUUUGAAAAGUACUAACCUAAUUCCUGUUAAUAUUAAAGCUAUCUAAUGCUAUUCUUCUCCAAAAUGGUCUCUAAAGGGGCUGUCUUACAUUUUAUCCUGGGCGUACAAAAGAACUGUCGCGUCAGUCUGAAUCCAGCUCUUUGUGUUCGUCAUCUUCUAGAGAGUGCAGUCAUCUGAAAUCCUUACGCACUGCCAAUUUGUACAUUGUAAUUUUCAUAACUGUUCUCAUUCUUUCCAAGCAUUCUGAAGUCAAUGCAAGCUUGGAACAAAACAAACAAACAAACAAACAGCAGUUUCGGUGCUAUGCUUUUGUUAUUAUUUUUUGUGCAGCUCUCGCCUUUUGUGCAUGGUGUCGAUUUUGUUCAUUGAGUAUUUUUGUUUGUGUACAGAACUCAGAAGCUAAUGUGGUUAUCGUGCACUCUUGUCGUUUAUAUGAGAUUUAAUUGUCAUCUCCCACGAUGUUUUGCACUAGAAUACACAUUACAUCUGCCUAUCUUCUUCCUUCAAAAAUAAACAAAAUCAUACAUUUGA